CGCCCAUCGCCACAGGCCAGGUCCGCGGCUGAUAGCCUGUCACAGCACCGAGAGCCCUGUUGCCGCGUCGUUCGUUGCGCUGCGCUGUUUUCACUGCACGAUCGUUCUUUCUGUGGAUCGUUUGCUGUUGCCCCAGAGCGCUCUCGCUGAAACCCACCGCACCUUGCGCCUGCCCUACCGGACGCCCGCAUCGACUCCCGUGCCCGUCGCCCCCCACAGCAACAACGCCGCGACAGGCUCCACCCGCUCAUUCGCACAACAACAGCAGCACCUCAUACGGGCGUGCGGCUCCUGUUGCGCCGUAUUCUUUCCGCCGGCCCUUGCUGGCUUGCUGGCCGAUCCGUCUGAGCCGUGCAACCGCAAAGGGAGACUACAUUCCGCGCAAUGUCUCUGCCGCAGCGACCGGACGGCUCGCGGAGGGGUGAGAGAGACGCCUUCCGCGAGUCGACCUCGCACCGCCGCCGGAGGACUUCUGACGCCGAAAACACGCGCUCCCACGACCGUACACACAGCCAUAGCAAGAGUGGCGCCCACUCGCACGCUCGCCCGCUGCCCUUGCCCGGGACGCCCGUUCCCAUGGACAGAGAUCCCGUCAUGCGUAGCGCGCAAUCCACGCCUGCGCAGGACUUGGGCAGGAAGCGCAGCCUGAUCCGCCCAGACCGCCGGCGAAACGACCCCAAUGACCCCAACUAUCACUAUCGCAAGCAUGCCCAGCGCAUGGACGUCCAGCCCUCGACCACCGGCAACGACCCUAUCAUGGAAGACGCCAUGGAGGCUGAGACGGUCAGCUCCGACAGCACCGACCUGAAGCCGCCACACAUGCGCAAUGCUUCUGGAGGAGGUUACAACGAUAAACAGGCGCCAUUGGACGACGAGUCGCCGCGUGGGGUGCGCAGGCCGACGAGGAGCAAGACAAUGGAGAAUCUGGAGAAGCAGCGCCAGAAGGAGAAGGACAAGAUGCGACCCCCGAGUCUGUGGAAUGUCUACUGCGCCAUCAUCACAUUCUGGUGCCCGGAUGCGGUUCUCAAGUGCUUCGGCAAGCCGCAGAAGGCGCAGCAGCGUGCUUGGAGGGAGAAGGUUGGACUCGUCAGCAUCAUUCUGCUCAUCUGUACUUUUGUCGGCUACCUCACAUUUGGUUUCACCGAGACUGUUUGCCCCUCGAGCGGCAACGUUCGCCUGAGGGUCAAUGAAGUCGGCGGAGGAUACAUGAUCAUCCAUGGCAAGGCCUACGAUUUGGCUCAGUCCACGCAUCCGCUCGCACGAGGGGUCCCCUCGGGCGCCAACGUCCUUUUCGACCUUCCCGAGAAGCACAGUGGACAAGACGGCAGUUUCCUCUUCCAGAACGUCAACGGUGCUUGCAAGGGGCUUAUCACUGCCAAAGCCGACUCAGGCAUCCCGGAUGUGAACGGCAACUUGGGUUGGUACUUUCCUUGCCGCACUUUCAAUCAGGAUGGUUCCAGCAAGCCCAACACUACCUUCCUCGAAUACAACGGCUUCCAGUGCCAUACCUCGGAUAAUGCCCGCAAGGCCUUUUACGGCCUUCGGAAUGCUGGAGAUGUAUACUUCACAUGGGACGACAUUCGCAACAGCUCGCGCAACCUAAUGGUCUGGGGUGGAGACGUCCUCGAUCUGACCCUUCUCGACUGGUUCAAUACUUCGUCGGUAGAUAUUCCGACCAUCUUCAACGAAAUCAAGAGCAACCCAGCAGUACGAGGUAUCGAUGUUACACGUGCCUACUCUUCCAGCUACGAGAAGCAGGUGGCGCGCUGCUUUACCGAGACCAUCAAGGUCGGCUCCAUAGACACAGAAAGCAUUGGCUGCAUCGCUUCCAAGGUCGUCCUUUACGUUUCGCUCGUCUUCAUCCUGGCUGUCGUCAUGGCCAAGUUCGUGCUUGCUCUGACCUUUCAAUGGUUCCUUAGCAGAAAGUUUGGCGCUGAUAAGACUUCCACCGGCAAGGCAGACUCAAAGCAGAGGAAGCAGCAGAUUGAGGAGUGGAGUGAUGAUAUCUACCGCCCACCACCACGUCUCGCAGACCCCGCCGCUGGACCUGAUCGAUCGAGCAAGCGCGGUAGCACAUUCUUGCCGUCUACCUCUAGGUUCACCAGUCCCUACGCUAUGGAGAAAUCAGCCAAGAUCCGUGCGCCGCCAACAACAAUGACCAGCCAGAGCGCUGCUUCCCGCCUGCUUUCGUCCAACAACGGCAUGUACAGACAACUCAACGCCAGCCAAGGCACGCUCCCAACGACAUACUUCGAAAACAAGAACCAGGGCCAAUCACGAUCAAGCUUACUUCUUUCGGGAUCAACUGAGAACCGCUACUCUAGUGUCAUCGGCGAAGAAGGGCCUGGUCCAUCUGGUUUCAUCCACGAAGCCGUCGUUCCCCAGCCCCCUCCUGAAUGGCAGCCUUUCGGUUACCCUCUGGCUCACUCGAUCUGCCUGGUCACCGCGUACUCCGAGGGUGCGGAAGGCCUGCGCACGACUCUAGAUUCCAUUGCCACUACCGACUACCCCAACAGCCACAAGCUCAUUCUCGUCAUUUGCGACGGUAUGAUCAAGGGCCAGGGUGAAGACCUCACCACACCGGAGAUUUGCUUGGGUAUGAUGAAGGAUCACGCAAUCCUUCCUCACGAGGUUCAAGCAUACUCUUACGUUGCAGUCGCUAGCGGUUCGAAGCGUCACAACAUGGCCAAGAUCUAUUCCGGAUUCUACGACUAUGGCGAGGACUCUCGUAUCGCCUCGGACAAGCAGCAACGUGUUCCAAUGAUGGUCGUCGUCAAGUGCGGUACACCGGAUGAGGCGACAAAGUCGAAGGCUGGUAACCGUGGCAAGCGUGACAGUCAGAUCAUCCUCAUGUCGUUCUUGCAGAAGGUCAUGUUUGACGAGCGUAUGACGGAGCUUGAGUUCGAGAUGUUCAACGGUAUCUGGAAGAUUACUGGCAUAUCGCCAGACUUCUACGAGAUAGUGCUCAUGGUUGACGCUGAUACCAAGGUCUUCCCAGACAGUCUGACACACAUGGUUUCCGCCAUGGUCAAGGAUCCCGAGAUCAUGGGUCUCUGUGGAGAGACAAAGAUCGCGAAUAAGCGGGAUUCGUGGGUUUCGAUGAUCCAGGUGUUCGAAUACUUCAUCUCGCAUCACCUGGCCAAGUCUUUCGAAUCGGUAUUCGGAGGUGUCACUUGUCUCCCCGGGUGCUUCUGCAUGUACCGCAUCAAGGCUCCUAAAGGUGGUCAGAACUACUGGGUGCCCAUUCUGGCUAACCCUGAUGUCGUCGAACACUACUCGGAGAACGUGGUCGACACGUUGCACAAGAAGAACCUGCUCCUGUUGGGCGAGGACCGUUACCUCUCGACACUAAUGCUCAAGACAUUCCCCAAGCGCAAACAGGUCUUCGUCCCCCAAGCCGUCUGCAAAACCACCGUACCGGAUGAGUUCAAAGUCCUACUGUCACAACGUAGGCGAUGGAUCAAUAGUACUGUCCACAACUUGAUGGAGCUGGUACUAGUGCGAGAUCUGUGUGGCACCUUCUGCUUCAGCAUGCAGUUCGUUGUGUUCAUUGAGCUGAUCGGAACACUGGUUCUGCCGGCCGCCAUUGCCUUUACCUUUUACCUAAUUGCCAUCGCCAUCAAAGCAGCGGUCCUGCACACGGCGGCGCCCGUCAUCCCUCUUGUCCUCCUUGCGCUCAUCUUGGGCCUGCCAGCGGUUCUCAUCGUUGUCACGGCUCACCGCUGGUCUUACGUCGCCUGGAUGUUUGUCUACCUGCUGUCGCUUCCCAUCUGGAACUUCGUGCUUCCUACGUACGCGUUCUGGAAGUUUGAUGACUUCAGUUGGGGCGACACCCGGAAGACGUCAGGCGAGAAGACGAAGAAGGCGGGUCUGGAGUAUGAAGGCGAAUUCGAUAGUAGCAAGAUUACGAUGCGGAGAUGGCACGACUUCGAAGCAGAGCGUAGACUUAGGACACCUGGCGGGGGGUGGUCACAGACGACGACAUCGGCUGGGGGAUGGCAGCAGCAGCAGCAGCAGCAGCAAGGAUAUGAGCCGUACUAUGACAACUGAUUUUCGCAUGGUGGCGUUGCUUGGGAAGGGAAUCUGUCCUGUCGUUUGCGCGGCGGGCUAAAAGACUGCAUAUUGUACUACGUUGCUUCUCACUGCAUUGCCAGGAUGCUCGGGUGUCUUCUCACGCCAUUUCGCUCACUUGUAAGGGUACUGUAGAUGUUGGAACGGGCCGGUACAGAGGCCAUUUAGAAUAAUUGUAGGCUUAAUGCAUUCAUCCAGCAUGGGGGAACUGGUAGCACACGGCGCAACGUCGUUGAAGUUGCGGCAGCUUGUCCUGUCUCCACUAUGCACUGACAUUCCUCGCCGUGUGGCGGCUGUCGUGGAGUGCCAGCGACUGCGUGCACAACAUACUCGUGCGCGUCUUGGCUGGAGGUGCCCGUCGCACACAAC